CUUUCUGCUUAUUGCACUACUCCUAGUCUAUCUCUCCACACUGCAUAGCUUCAAAGCUAAGAAAAUGGGGCAUCCAGCUGAAGUGGAAGUCCUCAGCAAAGCCUUGUCAGGAAUUGGAGUUGAUGAGAAAUCAUUGGUAUCAAUAUUGACAAAAUCACACCAUGAGCACAAGAUAUCCAUCAGAAGAGGAUGUUCCCAGUUGUUCUUUGAGGACGAACGCCAAUUUGAGAGGUGGAAUGAUGAUGCAAUCAAGACUCUCAAAGGUGAAUUCAAGCGUUUUAAGAAUGCUGUGGUGCUUUCCCUCAUGCAUCCGUGGGAGAGGGAUGCUCGUUUGUUGAAAAAGGCGUUGAAGAAAGGGCCACAGCAAUAUGGUGUUAUAAUAGAAAUUGCAUGUACCAGAUCAUCUGAGGAGCUGCUGGGAGCAAGAAAGGCUUACCAUUCCCUCUUUGAACGCUCAAUCGAGGAAGAUCUUGCUGCCCACAUUAAGGGCAGUGAGCGCAAGCUCUUGGUGGCACUCGUGAGUGCUUAUAGGUAUGAAGGACCAAAGGUGAAGGGGGACACUGCAAAAUCUGAGGCCAAAGCACUUUUGAAUGCAAUCAAGAAUGCUGAUAAGAGGAGAUUAAUCGAGGAUGAGGAAGUCAUUAGGAUUCUUACAACAAGGAGCAAGCCUCAUCUUAAGGAAGUCUAUGAACAAUUCAAAAAAAUUUGUGGCAAAAGCAUAACUGAGGUUUUUGAUACAGCUCUCAGAGUUGAUGCGAAUGAAGAUGCCAAAAAAGCAUUGACUCGAUUGAUUACAACCCAAGAAGCUGGAAAUUUGAAGGAAGUCACUACUAAAUAUGCCCACAAGAUAGAAGAGAGAGUGAAGGGAGCUUAUAAGGAUGUGUUGCUUGGGGUAUUAGCAAGAGGGGAAAUGAAUGGACAAGUUUAAAUUCAACUAAAUGCCUUUAAUUUUAUAUUUACAAAUGCUUUUCUAUUUAAAAUUUGGUUGUUGUUGUUCAUUGCCUGUAUGUGUUGGCAUAUGUGGUUGUAUAAGAGUUUUUUAUGAGUA